AUGGAUAUUAGAUUAAGGCAACAAUCGGCCAUGACUUAUUAAGAAUACUUAAACUAUUAUAAUAAAGAGCCAGAUUCACCUCGAAUUCACCCCAAGGAUAGUCCAGUAGAACCUUUAUCAGAUUUAGAAUUGAGUCCUGUUUAAGAGAAACAUCGAAAUAAGCUAACAGUGUAGAGCUGUAAAGUCAUCAAAAUUAAUUCAAAACUAUGA